UCAUGGAGCUCCCCCACUAGCUUGUUGGCUAGGAAACCAGCGCUUUGCAUGUCAUCGCUGGUUUUUGAUAACCUCUGUUGUAACUAUGUGAACUUUAACCCUCAGCAGUUAAGAACAUGGAUUUGUGGGCUGACCGGGCCUGAAUGCGGUAUGGAAUCUGGACAUGUUAGUGUGUUUUGUUUGUUUGUGUGUUUUACAAUGUUAAGCGUGUUAAUGUGUUUGUAAUGCUGCAUCUACUGGAUAGAAGGGCCAAUACAUUUCAGCGUUAAUAAUAAAGUGGCGUUACUCGUUUGUUGGAACUCGUGUGAUAAUUGAGAACUCUUAUCAACAUGGAUGUGACGAUGUAUAUUUUAUGCUGUUUGUUAAUUCUUACAGGAAGAAAUAUUGUUUCUUCGACGAGCGAAGAUGCAGAAUCUUUGGGCAACCUAACUGCCCUAGGUGAACGCAAGUUGAGCGACCAGGUGAGAAUGAUCCUGGACCACUACAAGCAGGCAGAUCCCGUGGGAAUUCCCGGCGCACCAAUUUCGGACCCAAUGCCAAUCCCAGACAUGAAGCAUUCCUUCACGUAUGCUACAAUGAACUUCAAGUCCGCUCACGUACACGGUCUAAGUCGGUUUCGAAUCCAGCACAUCAAGUCCGAUCUAGCGGCAAUGCAGUUGUCUGUGGGUUUGCGUAUAGAGAAGCUGGAGGUCUUAGGAAACUACACGAUGUCUUCAUGGUUCAGUCGUUCCAACGGGCCCUUCAAUGUCACUUUGUCUAACGUGUACAUCGAAGGUUUUGCAAAGCUCGAAGUAGAACGCGGAGGCCAAUUGCAAGCACAGAAUAUCGACAUGGACAUUUUAUUCCAGGACAUCGCCAUGAACUUCGAGAACCUCGGUUUCUUAGGAAGUCUCUUCCAGGGUAUCAUCAACUCAGUCGGAACGUUUCUCUUUGACAGCAUCAAACCCUUCAUUCUGACCGAGGUGAACACUAAUAUUCGUGGUGACGUGAACAAGCACAUCCGGGCUUUGCCGCAGACAUUUCCCAACUCCAUCUCCCCACUUGACAUGGCCCUAGCAGAGGGGAGGCGUCAUGUGCGUGAGAUGGGUUACGACCCCUAUCACCUCCCGGAUUACAACUACACUGCCGGAAUAUUCCGAAUUGACCUCACCCAUUCCUGGGCCUCGGGUAUGUCUUCUUUCUACAGAGUCGGAAAUGUGAGCGUGACGAUGGAAGAUAACAUCGUAUACGUAGGGGUUCACGUGGGAACGCAGAGGCUUGAAGGCAGGACUCUGUGGGAGGUGAAUGUCGGAGGAUUGGUUAGUCAGGCGGGAUCUGCCAUCUUCACCGUCGAGUAUAUCCAUGCCAAGACAGAAGUAAGUCAGCCAAUGGACACGAGGAAAAGACCCAUCCUUAAAGACCUUGAUUUCAAAGUUGGUAAUAUUCAAGUUCGCAUGGAUGGUGCUGGAACUUUGGAUUAUGUAAUCGAAUUUGUUGUAAAUGUCUUGCCUAACUUGUUGCGUUAUCAGAUAGUGAAUGCUGUGGAAGGACCUAUCAAGACGCGUGUGCAGGAUAUCAUGGACUCGAUUGAUGUCGAGGAGCUGAUAGAACAGAAACUUCCAGAUCUGGAUAAAGUAAAACUCUAGCGAUAGGAAAGGCGACCCUUCCGAUAUCUGGAGUGGACAUAUAGCCUGGAACAAUUUUGUACUGAAAUUUCAGUCAGUUAUGUAUGUAAUGUAUACGUAUUAUGUUACAAUCAAUUCUACCUGAUUUACUAUCAAAUACUUUUGGGCUGUCGGAAGAGUAAAGAUAUAUUUAGACUCGUAAAAUGUCCCCUAAAAGUAUAACAAUAUUUAAUAAAUAUUAUUUUACGAUAGCCUUAAUCCCUACCUACAAAUUCCAAUCGUGUGUCAGGAUAGAAUUUAGAAAAUUUCUUCAAUUGAAGGAGAUUAAGGAUCUUAUUUUAUUACUGCAACAGGGAGUACAGACUUUCCAACUGCCUUGGUCUAAGACCCUCGAAACAGAAAAGAUUACAGGUUCCAAAAUCGAGGUAUGGACAUUUAUUUGUCCGCUUUCUUUUGUGAUUCUUUAUAAUGGUGGAGGCCUGACUUUAAUUUGAUUCUAUCAUCAGUUUUGUGACGAAUGUAGAGAAUAUGGCUGCCUUAUGGGUAAUAGCUCGGUGUAGUGUGUUAGAAAUGUACCAGUGUUUCGGAGGUCCUUGCUGCCUCCAUCAUCAGGACGAUAAAUUUCGUGAAUCUCAGCACUAGAGAAGGCCAUAACUGAAGUCAUGUUUGAACACUGAGCAGAUGAAGAGUCACACAAUUGGUGAAUUUAUCGAUCAUUUUCUAUCCAACUGUCCAAUAAGUUAUUGAGAAUAUUAAGACAGUUGUCGCUGUGAAUUUUGACAUGAUAGGAAUGAACGAGUUGGUAGCCAUUACGUCAUAACUGACAAUUCAUAAAAAAACAUUCUAUCUUGUGAAUAUAACGGAACGACCAUAUAGUCAAUAAAUUCCCCAUCUUUAUGAGA